AUUAGCUCGAUACGCAUUCGUGGAAUCUACGCAAGAAUUGUAGGAUUAGGGAUUGGAGUCGGUGGACAGAUUAGAGACAGAGAAAGAUGUCGUACCUGCUUCCACACUUGCACUCAGGAUGGGCCGUCGAUCAGGCCAUCUUGGCCGAGGAAGAGCGUCUUGUUGUCAUCCGAUUCGGCCACGACUGGGACGAGACCUGCAUGCAGAUGGAUGAAGUUUUGGCCUCAGUUGCUGAGACAAUAAAGAACUUUGCUGUCAUAUACCUUGUGGACAUCACAGAGGUGCCUGAUUUUAACACAAUGUAUGAGCUUUAUGAUCCAUCCACGGUCAUGUUCUUCUUUAGGAACAAGCACAUUAUGAUUGAUCUUGGUACUGGAAAUAACAACAAAAUCAAUUGGGCUCUCAAGGACAAGCAGGAGUUUAUUGACAUUGUUGAGACUGUGUACCGUGGGGCAAGAAAGGGCCGUGGUUUGGUUAUUGCUCCUAAAGAUUACUCCACCAAGUAUCGCUACUAAGUUUUAAGGGAAGUUAUUAAUUUGACCUUGCAAGAACUUGUACUGAAAACUAUAUGUUUGUGUAGAAUUCGAAAAUUUUAAUAGAUGUGCAAUGUUCUGGUUAA